AACACAGAACAAUUGCGAGUCAUUCUUCUUCUCUCAUUCUCUCUCCUGGCUGCUCAUCCCACGAACACACUCCAUUGAUAGCGCAGAAAAUGCCCGGUCUUCAGGCGCCAUCAGAUUACUCCAAUGAACCACCUCGUCAUCCUUCUCUUAAAAUUAAUUCCAAGGAGCCUUUCAACGCUGAACCACACCGAUCAGGUCUCAUAUCAGCCUAUGUGACUCCAGUGGAUUUAUUCUACAAAAGGAACCAUGGACCGAUACCUGUUGUCUAUGACAUUGAAAGAUAUCAUCUUUCUGUUACGGGCUUGAUCAACAUCCAAAGGGAGUUCUCAAUGAGAGACAUCAGGGACCUGCCCAAGUAUACUGUAACAGCUACAUUGCAGUGUGCAGGAAAUCGCAGGACAGCUAUGAGCAAAACAAGAAAAGUGAGAGGAGUUGGCUGGGGCAUUGCUGCCUUAGGAAAUGCUGUGUGGGGUGGAGCUAAAUUAGCAGAUGUGCUUGAACUGGUUGGUGUUUCUAAGCUAGCUAGUACCACAUCAAGAGGGGGAAAGCAUGUUGAAUUUGUCAGUGUUGACAGGUGCAAGGAGGAGAAUGGAGGUCCUUAUAAGGCAUCAAUUCCAUUGAGCCAGGCAACUAACCCUGAAUUUGAUGUAUUACUUGCCUAUGAAAUGAAUGGAGAGACCCUUAACAGGGAUCAUGGUUAUCCAUUACGUGUAGUUGUCCCGGGUGUAAUUGGUGCUCGUUCGGUUAAAUGGUUGGAUUCUAUCAAUGUGAUUGCUGAAGAAUCUCAGGGUUUCUUCACGCAAAAGGAUUAUAAAAUGUUCCCUCCUACAGUUAAUUGGGAAAAUAUUAACUGGUCGACGAGAAGGCCUCAAAUGGAUUUUCCAGUUCAGAGCGCCAUCUGUUCCUUAGAAGACUCAAAUGUUCUGAAAGACGGCAAGGUAACAGUCAAGGGAUAUGCAGUAUCUGGUGGAGGUCGUGGGAUUGAGAGAGUAGAUAUAUCCGUUGAUGGAGGGAAAACAUGGAUAGAAGCUUCUAGAUACCAGAAACCAGGCGUUCCAUAUGUUGCAGAUGGUAUCAACAGUGACAAGUGGGCGUGGGUGCUCUUUGAGGCUCAAGUUGAGGUGCAGCAUAGUGCUGAGAUUGUUGCAAAAGCGGUGGAUAUAGCUGCAAACGUGCAGCCGGAAAAUGUAGAAACUAUCUGGAAUCUGAGAGGAAUCCUGAACACAUCAUGGCAUAGGGUUGAUGUUAGAGUUGGUCACUCAAGUAUGUAAGAUCACAAAUUCUGCCAUCAUCGUGUUUUGGGUUAACAAUUUUUUUUUACUGUAUGUGGCAAGUCUGGUAACUCAACACGAUAGAAAAUUUCGCACAGGAGAUUUGUGAGUCAGUGAAUAACCUGUAAGCUAUUAUAUGUAAUGCUGCUAAAUGUUAUUUUUAUUUUCAUGGUUUAUGUAUGUAAUUUUACAUAUUGUGAAAAUAAGCAUAGGGCGGUGGGAUGCAUGGUUAUUUGUUGUAUUCUGCAAUUCAAUAAUACUGAUAUGGAUAUAAAGACAAUUUCUUCAAGGCUGUUAAAGCUUUUUAUGUACAAA